ACAGAAAACAAAAAAAUUGUCGAAAAUCCAACUUGAAAACAGAACGAAAUUUAUUAUUUCUGUUUUUGCUGAGGAAAUUCUAUGAAAUAAUUGGAAAUUUGUGGUUUUUGUUCGGUAUUAACGUGUUGGUUGUGCAAAUUCGGCGGAGUUUUGUUGAAUUGAUGGUCGGUUAAUGCGAUAAAAGUUCAGACAAAAAAGUAUUUUAUCGGGAAAGCGAAGUCACAGUAUUGUGUGUGUAUUCGAAUCAUAUUAUAUUCCACUAUCGGGACGGGCCAGAAAGUGUGUGUAUGCAUUUGAUGUGCCAUAUUAUUUUUCGCCGAUAGAAACUAAAGUGAAUUUUGCGGAUCGUGAAAAAGUGAUAAAUUAAAAACGAUUGAACUAAUGAUGACCAAUACAAUGACCCAAGGUGGCCUAGACAGUCAGGUUCUCCUAGCCACAGCCCAACAACAACAGCAUCAAGCGCAGAAACAAAAUGGCGGUUCUACGGAGGGACCGACCAGUGAUUCCAAUGAGAAUCGAACAAAUCUUAUUGUCAACUAUUUACCACAAACAAUGACCGAAGAAGAAAUUCGUUCGCUGUUUAGUAGCGUUGGAGAAGUGGAAAGUGUCAAAUUAGUACGCGACAAAUCGGUUGUUUUCCCCGAUCCAUUGAAUCCGGGUGCACCGAAAGGUCAAAGUCUUGGCUACGGUUUUGUCAACUACACAAAGCCGCAAGACGCUGACCAAGCUGUGAAUGUACUCAAUGGGCUGCGAUUACAGAACAAAACGAUUAAAGUGUCAUUCGCCCGGCCCAGUUCCGAUGCCAUCAAGGGAGCCAAUCUGUACAUUUCUGGUUUGCCGAAAAGUAUGACACAACAGGAUUUGGAGUUGAUAUUCAGUCCGUACGGCACAAUCAUUACAUCGAGAAUUUUACAAAAUGCUGGCAACGAUUCACAGACAAAAGGUGUCGGUUUCAUUCGAUACGACACAAGGGACGAGGCAAAACGAGCCAUUCAGGCGGUCAACGGCAGUAUACCGAAGGGCUGCACCGAAGCAAUAUCUGUGAAAUUCUCAAACACACCGGGCAGCAACAAUAAAUUACUGCAAACGCCAUUGCCAGCAUUUUUGAGUCCGCACAUAGCGCGACGAAUCGGUGGCGCCAUGCACAAUCCAGUCAACAAAGGUUUGGCGAGAUUUUCACCGAUGGCUGGUGAUAUGUUGGACGUUAUGCUUCCAGGCACGAAUGGGAUUAGCGUUGCGCCGGGCGGUGGCUGGAGCAUUUUCAUUUACAAUUUGGCGCCGGAAACGGAAGAGAGCACUUUGUGGCAAUUGUUUGGACCGUUCGGUGCCGUGCAGAGUGUGAAAAUAAUCAAAGAUUCAGCGACGAAUCAGUGCAAAGGUUAUGGCUUCGUAACGAUGACAAAUUAUGAAGAUGCAAUGAUGGCCAUUAGAGCCUUGAACGGAUAUGCAUUGGGCAAUCGGGUGCUGCAGGUUAGCUUCAAGACGAACAAACAAAACGAAAUACUUUAAAUUUGUCUUUUUUUCGGAUUUCAGAGGUUAGGGACACUCAAAUUGAUAUUUUAAAUUGAAAAUAUUGAGAAAAAACAGACAAAAAAAAAUAUUUGAAAAAAAAACGAUAAAAAGAACGAAGAAAGAGGAGGAGACAAAAAUCCCCAAAAUUUUCUAAAUGUUACAUAAAAACCAAAAUUUUUAAAACUGAAGAACAAAAAAAAACAAAAAUGAACGAUUUAGAGAUGCGAAUUGAGAUAAUAACGCGCAAAUGAAAUUCAUUCAAUUUGUAAAGACACACACGGGUGUACACCCCCAAAAAACAACUUUCAAAUGCGGAUUUUUCUUUGACGGUUUUCUUUAAAUUUUUUCCUUUCAAACUAAAAAUAAUGUCGAGUUUUCGAAUAUCAAGCUAUGCUGGCCUGGAAAAACCAAUUCUAUGAAGGGACCUUCCGAAAAAAAAAAAUUUUUUUUUAUGCCGUGUACUCCAACAACUGCAACAUCUACAAUAUCAAUCUCCAAGAUUUGGUCACCGAAAUCACUUAAAAGUGUUGUGCAAAGUGAUAUACCAGCAUCCUGGUAUGUACUUACGAGUGAAAUUUCGCCAAAUUGAGUAUUGCAAUUUUAGCAUAAAAAUUGUCGUAAUUUUGUUCGACUACAGACACUCUAAGCGAGUCGUGAAUUGAAAGGUUGCCCAUCAUCCUAAUUUCCCUUUUUUUAAUAUUUCCUAACGCCCUUUAUCAAAAUUAUGUACGUCGGUGUCGCCCACAUCAAAUAAAAAAAAAAAUCACUCGAAAAAGUCCUUCGGUUUCUAUUUCGAUAAUGAUAAUGACAUCCACCUACGUACUUUGGGCGGAAUGGUGUGACCUUUUUCCAACGGGUAUAAAAUCAGUCACUCAUUCACCAUAGAGCGACAAAAACCCGUAAUUGUUAAGAUUGAGUCGAAGGGAACAAAAAAAGAACGAAAAACCAACAAAUAAUUUGUCAUGUUACUUAGUGACGACAACCAACGAAAAAUGCGGUGAUAGUCUCAAAAUUCUCCUGACCAAUUUAAUCAAAUCGAAUCAAAUGCUCUGCGCAUCUGUGACGAUUGUGUACACACACACACAUACUUAACGAGUGACAGAGGCAUCGUUUACACAUCCUUUUCAACCAAUACACACUCAAAUCGAGCAAAUAUAUUCGUGUCGGUUUAAAAAGUUAAAAUGUUUUAAAUCUCCAUAGCGAAUUUGAUAAAACAAGUCUCGGUGAUUUGGUUUUGCUGUCUGCAGAAAAAAAAAGGGUCACGAAUCCAUUAUAAUAUCGAUACGACUUGAUAUUACAGAAGGGUUGAAGAUUGAAAAUUGCAUUUACUUCUCGGCUGACAAAGUCAUUGUUCGUACUUUAAGAAUAUGAAAUGGAAAUGGCAUGCAUAGCAUGGUAUACAAUGUGUGCAAUUCUAUAUUAAAUCCAGCUAUAUUUGUAUCAUAGUCGACUAUAUCGUCAAUUAAUUGUUGGAAUAGCUUUUCACAUUAUAAUAUGUUGGAUGAAAGUCAGUAUACGCUCGGCGGGAAACUGGUUUAUUUUGUCCCUAUUUAACCGCGGACUGAUAAACCAGAUUUAGAGUGAUUUCCGGUUGGAUUUCCAUUCGGACUGGAUUUUUUUAUCCAAUAAAUUGAUAAUUGGGGAGAAAAUGAAAAAAAAUAUUUAUGAUUAUCAUGCUGGCCGGGACGAAAAUCGGUGUUUUCGUCAAAUUCCAUGACGGUCCGAACAUGUACAAUCGAUUAAAAGAAACUCGGGAUAAAAGUGAUCAUUUUCAUGUUUUUUAUUGACCUCGGCUUUGCCUCGGAUCAACAUAAUUCACACGAAAACUGGGUUUUUUUAGCGUUUUAUCACUUGUUAUGAAUUAAAGAAAAUUUUGAAAAGUAAAAUCCGUUUGACUGGUCAUGUUUUUUCUUCAAUUAAAUGAAUUAACCGAAAAAUAAUACUCAAUCAAUUCAAGCAAGAAGAGAAUUAUAAUCUUUAUGCCAUUCUCGACCAUAUUUUCUUGAUAUAAUAACUUUCAUUGUCUCAAUUUGAUCUCAUCGUCAUAGUAAUAAUACCUAAUCCCAUUGAAUAAAAUAAAUAAAAAUCCUUUUAAUCAUUCAAUGAAUUAAAGAAGAAGAAAAGUAAAUUAAAUCUGAAAGAACGCGCUAAUUAUGUAAUAUUUAUGAAUAUAUAAUACUACCUAUAUAAUCUUACGUACGUACAUGGAUAAGUAAACAAAACAAACAAAAAAUAUUUAAAAGAAAAUUAAAUUAAUGAACGUUAAUUAAAUACACAAAAGAAGAGAAAAAAAUUAAAUAAAAAAAUUUAAAAGAAUUAAUUAAAUUAAAUUAUAAACAAAAGGUUCUAGUCAAACUUGAUCUUUGAUUUUUUUUUUUGAGAGAGAGAAAACAAAACAGAAACAAAAUCUUUCCAAUUUUUCUUUUCUUUGAUUUUGAUUGCAAAAGAAAUGGGAAAGAAAAUUGAAACAGAGAGAAGGGAUUAAAAAAAAACGGAUAGAAGAAAAAUACGAUGGAAUGUAGUGAGGCAAAGAGGAGAAAGUCGAUAAUUUAUUUUCUAGAUUAAUUUAAAUUAUUUUUCUUAUAUUAAUUAAUUAAUUUUGUGUAAUAUUUAAAUUUGUGAAAUAAAAGAUUUAAAGAAAUGAAAAAACCUCAACAAUAAAAAAGUGGACAAAUUUUGUACAAAAAAAAAAAUGAUAAACCCAAAACCAACCAACAAAAAUCUCAGACUAAAUAAAUUGAGUUCUUUCACUGUUUUAGAUCAAAAAAAAUUAAGAAUUUUCUCAACGAAAUGAUCCAAUAACAAAA